AUGCCUAUGUCCGUCAUGAGAAGUUUGAUAAGCUGUGAUGAUGGGUUCGUCCACACCCACCAGCACUGGUUUAGUGGCCAAGAGUGCUCCUCAAUCAGGGCCAACUGGUUCAACAGGAUAGGGGUCCCUGGAGAGAUACGAAGUAAAGCGCAUAAUUGGAACAACUUAGGAGAAGAACUUCACGUCUGCACAGAAGCGAUCCAUCGUCCUACCUCUAACGAUCGAUCGCCACGAGGUCUGGAGCAUGGGGCUUCUCUCGGCCAAGAAAUGAUCGAUCAUCCAACAUCGACGAUCAAUCGCCCCAAGCUUGGAACGAUAUGUUCUUACCUUCCGGAAACCUAUCAAUCGUGUGUGGAAGCAAAUUUUACUCCAUAA